UUGCCCCCAAAAGAAAACAACAAGAGGUAAAAGAAAAAAAAAUGUCGAUGGAUUCAACGCCGACGCCGCCGGCGCUGGAUGGUCUGACCAUCAGCGACGCCGUACAGGAGGCGCAGUUUUCUCAGCGCGUUCCGAUCCAGUACAUUCUAGGCCGGUCCGACAAGGGGGCCGGGUUGGCGGGUCAGAAGGUCCGAAUCGGGGGAUGGGUGAAGACCGGGAGGGAGGCGGAUAAGGGGAGGUUCGCCUUUCUAGAGAUCAACGACGGCUCCUGCGCCGGAAAUCUGCAGGUGAUUGUGAAGUCGGAGCUUUACAAGCUGAGCGACGUCGUUCAGACCGGGACCUGCGUCCACGUGGAGGGUUUGCUGAAGUCUCCACCGGAAGGCGUGAAGCAGAGGAUCGAGCUCGAUGUCGAGAAGGUUUUGGAUGUGGGGACUGUGGAUGCGGCAAAGUACCCUUUGCCGAAGACCAAAUUGACUCUCGAAUUUCUCAGGGAUGUUGUUCACCUUCGCUCCAGGACUAACACGAUUUCUGCAGUUGCUAGAAUCCGUAAUGCCCUGGCAUAUGCUACCCACACAUUCUUCCAGAAGCACGGUUUCCUUUACGUGCACACUCCUAUUAUCACAACCAGUGAUUGUGAGGGUGCAGGGGAGAUGUUUCAAGUCACAACACUAAUUAACGACUCGGAAAAAUUAGAGAACGAUCUGAAAAAAACCCCACCUCCUUCAGAAACCGAUGUAAAGGACGCUGAGCUGGCUGUGAAGGCGAAAGGAGAAGAAGUUGCUAAGCUAAAAUCUGCUAAAGCAAGCAAGCCGGAGAUUCUAUCUGCUGUUGCUGAGCUUACUAAGGCUAAAGAGAACUUCUCGAAGCUAGAUGAGAGAUACAAGCAGGCAGAGAGAAUUAAGCUUGGAGGUGGCCUUCCGAAGAAGGAUGGGAAAAUUGAUUACUCCGAAGAUUUUUUUGCCAGGCAAGCAUUUUUAACUGUGUCGGGGCAACUGCAGGUUGAAACAUAUGCUUGUGCUCUCAGUAGUGUGUACACUUUUGGGCCAACUUUUCGAGCAGAGAACUCGCACACUACAAGACAUCUUGCUGAAUUUUGGAUGGUUGAACCUGAAAUAGCAUUUGCUGAUAUACAGGAUGACAUGAACUGUGCAGAGGCGUACGUGAGAUUUCUUUGUCAGUGGUUGCUCGACAACUGCUAUGACGAUAUGGAGUUCAUGACCAAAUUCAUCGACAAAACUGCUAUCCAACGACUUGAAAUGGUUGCAAAAUCCAAGUUCCACAGAAUAACUUACACGGAGGCAGUUGCCAUUCUCGAGGAAGCAUCUAAAGUGAAGAAGUUUGACAACAAAGUAGAAUGGGGUAUCGAUCUAGCUUCUGAACAUGAAAGAUAUCUGACUGAAGAGAAAUUCAAAGCACCCGUUAUUGUUUACAACUACCCGAAAGCUAUUAAAGCCUUCUACAUGAAGGUCAACGAAGACAAUAAAACUGUUGCAGCAAUGGAUGUGCUUGUACCUAAGGUGGGAGAACUUGUUGGAGGAAGCCAGAGAGAAGAGAAUUACGAGGUUCUAAAGGAAAGGAUAUUGGAGAUGGGGCUUCCGCUUGAGCCAUACCAUUGGUAUCUUGACCUACGAAGCUAUGGUACAGUGAAGCACAGUGGGUUUGGCCUUGGAUUCGAGCGCAUGAUUCUUUUUGCCACGGGCAUCGAUAACAUUAGAGAUGUCAUUCCCUUCCCCAGAUACCCCGGCAAAGCAGAUCUUUGAAAUCACACUCUACUCGUAUGGUUUGUUCAGAUAUUUAUUCUUAGCACUAGAUAUUUUAGUAUUGCGAUUUGCAUUUGUGAAAAACAAGCUUUAUACAUCAUGUUGGGUUUUUUUUUUCAAUACAGAAGAAAUCAUGAUAGUAAUCUGUUUUAAUCUUUUGUUUGGGGAUUGUUUUUAUUGCUUGCUUUCUAUUUGUGAUAAAAA